GGAGGGGGCGGCUUGACAGGAGCGGACCGGACCGAACCGGAUCGGGCCUGGCCUGACGGGAAAGAUGGUUCCCGUGAGUCUUGGAUAACGACCCUCCCCUCGCCCUACCCGUCCGAGCGGCCACGGGGCCGGACCGCCGGCCGGCGCCAUGUCCGCCUAUCCCAAGAGCUAUAACCCCUUUGACGAAGAUGAGGAGGAAGAGAUGAAGCCCGCCCGGUGGGGAGACGUGAGGAACCCGGAGCCCCCGGAGCCCUGGGACCGGCAGCGGUUCCUCCGGCAGGAAGUCCUCCAGAGAGCGGAGGCUACAGUGGGCAGCACCCAGCGAUCCCUCUCCCUCCUCUAUGAGUCCGAGAAGGUCGGGGUUGCGUCCGCAGAGGAGCUGCUGCGUCAACGCGGGGCCCUGGAGCGCACGGAGCGCAUGGUGGACCAGAUGGAUCGCGACUUAACCAUCAGCCAGCGGCACAUCAACAGCAUCAAGAGCGUCUUCGGGGGGCUGGUCAACUACUUCAAACCCAAAGCCCCCGAAGUGGGGGCCGCCGCCUCGGAGCCCAGCGCCUCGCCCUCCUCCCAGUCCAGUUCCCGGCUGAAAGAAGCCGUGGAGUCCAGUAGAGAGCAAGAGGCACGCUACCAGGCCAGCCACCCCAACCUGAGGAAGCUGGAAGGAGCCGAUGUCACUCGGGGAGCCCGCUCCACCGCCAUCCCCGACGCGUACCCGAAGAACGAGCAGCUGCGAGCCUAUCACCAGAAAAUGGACAGCAAUCUAGACGAGAUGUCCAACGGGCUGAGCCGCCUGAAGAACGUGGCCCUGGGCAUGCAGAGCGAGAUCGAGGCGCAGGACGACCUGCUGGACCGGCUGUCCACCAAGAUGGACAAAUUGGACCUAAACAUCCAAGCCACCGAGAGGAAAGUCCGCCAGCUGUAGCCGGGCACCGGGCCGGGGGUGGGGAGGCCGCCGUCCGUGCCCGCAACGAGUGGUUUUGAAAGGCUGGAGGCAUCUCGCUGGUCAUUUAGUGCCCUCCGGGGCCGGGGUCGCUGGGGUGGGCAGGGUGGGAGAGGCGGGGGUCCGGAGGCGCCCAUCGUUGGGGAAGAAGGGAGGGCAUCCCGUGUACGGACGGGGAUCAGUCCCCCCGGGGGGGGCGGCGGGACAGGCUGGGCAGCCUCAGAAACGGCGUGGUCCUCUGGCCCCGGGAGGCGCCCAGUACGUACCGGUUUUGAUGGGGAGCGGGCGGCACGCGCUCGGACCGGACCAGAACACCGGGCCUGCCAACCGACGAGCGUUUAAUGGCGGGGACGGGGGACGGGGGUCGCCGCGGGCUCAGCUGCCGCUCCGCGUGGGGCUCUUUCCGGGCACGGGCACCUUGGGCCCCCGGCUGGCGCUGGGCUGGCGGGGGGCCCUCUGGCCGGAGCCGUCCCGGCUGCCGCCGAGCACGCCGCCGCUCCUGUUCCUGCCUGCGGACACACAAGGCGCACGCGCCCCUCCGUCAGGCUGGGCCGGAGUUGGGGGGGUCACCUCCGGGAGGUCUUCCCUGACCUCCCCCGCCCCCCUCAUCUGGCAUCUGCCAAGCGGGGUCACCGGGGGGGGGGGUCUCAAAGCCCAGGCAGGAGGGGGGGGAGCCCCACAGACCCCGGCACCAAGGCAGGGGGCCGAGGGGGAGCAUCGCACCCUCGUUCAGCUCUCCGGGGCCCCCCGCUCCUCUGUAGGACGGCCCGGUCGGGCGGCAGUCACCGCAAGGAGAGGUGCCCGGGAGACUCCCUGUCCUGCCUCAGUUUCCCCCAAACCCCGUCCACCUGUCCGCCCCGCAGCCGGACCUCCCCGCCUGGCUAGGUGGAAGACGGCGAAAACAAACCGGUUCCACGCCUCACAGCCGUUGCCGUAGCCCCCCGCCCCGCCACCCGUUUGGCACCGGGACACGAGGGCCGCCCUCGCCUCCGCCCCAUCUUCUCUCCAGGCCAGUGGCGUCCCGAAACCGGGAGCCCCCCAUCCCUGUCCUUUCCUUCCCCCCGGAGAGUCUCCAUCCGUCCGACCACCUCCGGGCAAGCCUGGCCCACCUCGGCGGCAGCGGGCACCUGGUCCUGGCAUCGCCAGUCCGGCGGGCAAGGACAAGGAAAGAGGGGCCUGCCGGUCGGGGCCGGCGCGCGAAGAGACGGGGCGCGAAGCCCCCGCCUCCUUCCCGCCGCUCGGAAGCUCCCCGGGCCCGUGGGAACCCGGAGGGGGUCCGGCCGAGGCACCGAGGAAACAACCGCUUCGCCCCAACAGCUGGAACCCGGCACCCCGGUAAUCAAUGUCAUCCAGCACUGUACUAAUAACCAGUGAGAGCGAGCACUAGUGGGAAUAAUAAAAGAGCACAAAUAAUCUA